GUCUUAUCUGCCAAACCAGACGCGCAGUUCUAACGCUCAAAAUGUUAAAACACCCAAAACCAGUCUGUUUGACCUGGUGGCGGAAGAUUUGGGACACUUAUAAUGUUUCCUUAUUUGCUGGUUGCUCAGAUAGUGCUGUUCAAUAGCUCUGUGCCUCAGACUACUCAGACUCCUUUGGCUAAUAGCACCACAGUGUCUGACAUGUCUGUGGACUGGGUGGGAUAUGGAUAUGCAGCUCUGGUUGCCACUGGGGGUAUUGUGGGAUAUGUGAAAGCAGGUAGCGUCCCGUCUCUCGGCGCCGGGCUGCUCUUUGGAGGACUCGCGGGUUUGGGAGCCUAUCAGAUCUCCAACGACCCGAAUAAUAUUUGGGUGUCACUUGGCACCGCUGGGACUUUAUCUGCCGUCAUGGGGAAGAGGUUUUAUGGCUCUAGAAAACUGUUCCCCGCCGGCGUCAUGGCUGGAGCAAGUCUUCUCAUGGUCGGAAAACUCGGGUUAACGCUGCUCCAGAAACCCAACAAGUCUGUAUAGAUCCUACCAGUGUCUUUGUUGAAAAUAGUUUUGUAAAAUGCAACAAUUCUGUGUAAAUAAAACACAAAAUCCAGUCUUUCUAUUAAAA